UAUCGAUACUUGAUCAUGCACUUCGCCGAGACUAACAUUUUUCUCCUCAUGGACGUGAUGAGCGCAACCCUGGCUUAUAGUCUUCUGCUCAUCAACAUGAUUAUUAUCUUAUUUAACGUUCGUUUUCUGGACGAUCUCAUAGUACACAUGGUCGAGGAUUGGAAGGAGCGCGAUGUUUCGAACGAAUGCACGAUGAACAGAAUGGCCUACAUCUCUCGCUGGUUCUCCAAUUUGAUAAUCGGUUCGCACGCGAUGUCGGUGAUGUUCUAUGCGAUCGGCACGUUGUUGAGGAACGAAAGCAGCAAUCAAACCGAUUCUCGAGAGCUUAUUCUUAAGAUGGAGUUACCUUUCAAAAUUGAAAGCACAUCGGUAUAUUUUACCAUUAUCGUUACGCAGUUCGUUCACCAAGUAAGCACGGCCAGUUUAGUGGCUGUGCUAUAUUGCUUACUGCUGACACUGGUUCUUCAUGUGUGUGGACAGAUUGAUAUAAUGCGGCAAAAACUGAGUGAAAUCACGCGGAAGGACAUCGAACAAAACGUAAACAAAAGUAUUGCAAAAAUGCUAAUCGUUCGGCAUCAGAAGAUUAUCUCUUUUUCCGAGAAUAUUGAGGCUCUCUUCUCGAGUAUAGCAUUAGUACAAUUUGUGACGAACACUUUGGUCCUCUGUUCCCUAGGAUUUGUCAUUGUGAUCUCCAUUGGUGUCCCAGGCGGAACGCCUAUGCUAGUAAAGUCCGUGUUCUUUUACAUUCUAAUCAAUGUGGAAGCAUUUGUAUUUUGCUUUCUUGGAGAAUAUCUUACUACGAAAAGUAAGAUGAUCGGCGACGCCGCUUAUGAAGCGCUUUGGUACGAAUUGAAUCCAAUUCAGAGUCGAGAUACCCUAUUUAUAAUUGUAAGAUCACAGAAGUAUUUGACGCUCACGAUCGGAAAAGUCGCGAAUCUCUCGCUAAAGCAAUUUACCAGCAUCAUAAAAGCCUCAGCGUCAUACAUGUCGGUGUUACAUGCGAUGUAUUGAAGCCUAAACAUACUUUAUGCUCCGCUUAUAUCUUCGCGUGCAGAAGGAUAUAGUACUUUUACUACCGCCAGCCAGUUACGAUUAGCAAUUUUUUUAUUCAAAGACUCGAUGGGGUUUCACAUCAGGUAUAUGUGUGUAUAAGAGUAGAAGGACAUUAUUAAAGUAUUGAUUUGUGAUGAACAAUGUGAAGUUGAUCUUCUCGGUCGAU